CCUAUAUAUAUCAAGCUCGGCGCCGUCUACAGUCCGCUCUACCGCAUCGGUAGCUUAAAUAAACAACAAAUCGAUAUUAAGGCAAGAGCUAUCUACUUGAUACCGGGCAAUACACUAUACACAUAGUUAACUUGCUAUGAUGCCCGACCAUGUAUAUAUUAUCUACUCAUUACGAGAACCCUAGCAUAUGGUUUGUAGCAAUUAUCACCAGAUACCCUUGACGAAUCGAAAUGCCAAGGAUUCUUUGUAUGUAUGAUCGGACCAACACUUUAUCGCGUCCAUUCAACAAGAAAGUAUCGGAGAAGGGAUAACAAUCCGAUCCAUUCAAUAUGUAAGGGAUAUCGCCUCGGUCCCUUAGACCUUAGGCUCGUCGCUCAUCGCAAUUCCAUUCCGCGGGGUAGGCCUUGUCAGCAUGCCGACUGUUUAACAUACUUAAGACCUAGAUGCGCCAGUAUUCACACAAUCAAGUUAUCAACCACCAUUCCAAAGUUUUCAUAAAGUACUCUACGAUUCCCUCUAUACUUGAACUUCAUCCCAUCACCACCUAACCAGCAUCAUGGCUUCGUAUCUAAUCACAGGAGCGGGUCGAGGUCUUGGACUAGCCUUUAUGCGUCAAGCCUUAGCACGGGACCCGGCUGCGACUGUCGUUGGACUAGUUCGUGACAAAGUAAAGGCUGAGAUUAUCAUCGCUGCGGAGCCAGAGCUCAAGAACGUCAAGCUCGUCCAAGGAGACCUCAGCGAUUAUGCGUCUCUAGUGAAAGCCGUAGAAGAAGUAUCCAACAUCACUGGUGGACGCUUAGACUAUCUGAUUGAAAAUGCUGGAGCAAUGUAUGAGCUGAAGGGGCUGACUACUAUGGACAAACUUGCCGAUCGACCCGAAUUCCUCGAGGAACGACUGCUUUAUGGUUUCAAGUUAAAUGUUAUAGGGAAUAUACAUCUGUUUCAUUUAUGCUUGCCGCUUAUUCGGCGUAGCAGCAUCAAGAAAGUUCUCGCUAUCUCUACGGGCAUGGCAAGCCUAGAGUAUCUCACAAAGUAUGACUCCGGGGUGUCAGGGCUACAUUCGAUUACUAAAGGCGCGCUCAACGUCGCGAUCGCCAAGCUCAGUGCGCAACACCGCCAUGAGGGCAUCUUGUUUUUGUCUGUGUCACCUGGUGUCGUCGCGACCUUGGACUAUAGCUCAUUCACUGAAGAAGAGCUUCAAGGCAUGGCAGGUCUGGUAAAGAGCGUCCUGGCAUUCAAGCCAGACUUCAAAGGCCCGCUAUCUCCGGGCAAAGCGACAAGCGAUGUAUUGGCUGUCCUCGAAAAGGCGAGUUUCGAGGCUGGAGAUUCUGGAUCGUUUCUUCCUCGGUGGGAUGCUAACUAA